AUGUCCGAUCAACCACCUAAUAAACCAAAUCUUAAUUCCAUUAAGAAAUUAUUGGAAAUGUUAAGUAUGGGAAAGGAAUUAACUGAGGCCCAACAUAAAGAAAUGAAAGAUUAUAAGUUUUGGAAGACUCAACCUGUUAUAUCCUUUGAUGAAAAAAUAUCUCAAGAAGGACCAAUUGAUAGUCGUAAAACUGUUGCAGAUAUAUCAGAAAAGCCCUUGCCAUUAUUAGAAGGGUUUGAAUGGGAUACAUUAGAUUUAACAAGUACAAAAGAGCUUGAUGAGGUUUAUAAUCUAUUACAUGAAAAUUAUGUUGAAGAUUCAGGUGAAUCAUUUAGGUUUAAAUACUCAGCAGAAUUUUUUGAUUGGGCAUUAAAACCUCCAGGAUGGAAAAAAGAUUGGCAUGUUGGAGUUCGUGUCAAAAGUUCUAAAAGAUUGGUUGCAUUUAUUUCAGCUAUUCCAUUAAGAUUGAAAUUACAUGAUAAGAUAAUUGAAUCAGUUGAAAUUAAUUUUUUAUGUGUUCAUAAAAAAUUAAGAAGUAAAAGAUUAACACCAGUUUUAAUCAAAGAAAUCACAAGAAGAGUGAAUAGAUAUGAUAUUUGGCAAGCAUUAUAUACAGCAGGAAUUGUUUUACCAAGUCCAAUUUCAACAUGUCGCUAUACACACAGACCGAUUAAUUGGGAAAAAUUACAUGAAGUUGGAUUUUCAAGCUUACCAGAAGAUAGUACUAAAGAAGACAUGGUGAAGAAGUAUUAUAUAGAUGAGAAUAACGAAGCCAUUAAACUUGAAGGAUUAAGAAAGAUGACUGAGGAUGAUGUUGAUGAAGUGCUUGAAUUAUAUAAUAAAUUUCAAGCCAAAUAUGAAUUAAUUCAGGUCUUUGAUAAGGAAGACUUGAAACAUUGGUUAUUAAAAGGUAAGGAGGUGAUUUAUACUUAUGUUGUUGAAGAUAAAAGCAAUAAGAAAAUCACUGAUUUCUUUUCAUUUUAUCUUUUGCCAUUUAAAAUAUUAAAUGUUCCCAAACACGAGCAGUUAAACAUUUCGUAUUUAUUUUAUUAUGGAACAGAUCAUGAUAGUAGUAAGAAAGAAUUGGAAACUCGAUUAAAGUUGUUAAUGAAGAAUGCGUUGGUUAUUAAUAAAGGGCUUAAGAUUGAUGUGUUUAAUGCUUUAACAUCUCAAGAUAAUACGUUGUUUUUAGAAGAUUUGAAUUUUGGAUUAGGUGAUGGGUAUUUGAACUAUUAUUUGUUCAAUUAUAAGGCAUUUCCCAUUCUGGGUGGAAUCAAUAAACAUACUAAAUUGAUUGAAGAAGGAAGUGGAAUUGGAGUUGUAAUGUUAUGA